GAGAGAUAUAUACCCAGAGAAAGAUCAGUGCAUUCUUAUCAAAGUGAGAAAAAUGAUGACGAUGGGGAAGAGAUCGGCUCUCUUGGUGGGGUGCAACUACCCCAACACCCCACAACAGCUGCAUGGGUGCUAUAACGACAUACAAACAAUGCAUACUCAGCUCACUAACCGCUUCGGCUUCACGAAGAAAGACAUCAAGAUCAUGAUUGAUGCACCAAACUCGCCAGUGAAGCUGACGGGGAUAAACAUCGGGAGGGCGCUUGUACAAAUGAUCUAUGAAGCUAAGUCUGGAGACACCUUGUUCUUCUUCUUCAGUGGGUUGGGGACGUUGGUUCCAGCAAUAGUAUGCCCUGGGAACGAUAGCAGUCCAGCGAUAGUCUCUUGCGAUUUGGAUAUGAUCAAGGACAUUGAAUUCCGACAUCUAGUCAACCACUUGCCGAAGGAUGCAACCUUCACUUUCCUCGCUGACUCAUCCCAUAGCAGCGGCCUCAUCUUCGGUGAGAAAGAGCAGAAGAUACCUGAUCCAUCCGGACCAGAACCCCGCGAAGAGAACCACCGCCUCCGCCCGAAAACCUAUCUCAAUCCCAAUCAAUCUUCCGAUAUCUCCGACAUUCAGUCUUCCGAUAUUUCCGCUCACUUAUCGGAGGUUUUCGGGACUCAGGUGACUGCCAACUUCAAUUCAGCUAACUCCCAAUCCGGCUUCAUACCAUGUCCCGACGACGACGACAACGGUAUCCUACUCAGCGGCUGCAAGCAGAUCGCAAAUUCGUUUGAAGUGGACAAUUCGUAUGGUGCUUUCACCAAUGCCGUCGAUAAGGUGUUGAAGGAGCACCGACGGCCGAUAAUUACCAAUAGGGAGCUGGUCACACUUGCUAGGGCUUACUUGCACAAGGAACGGAUCAGGCAAAAACCGUGCCUCUUCUGCAGUGACAAGCAUGCUGAUGCGCCUUUCCUGGUAUACGAGAUAGGAUCAUAGGAAAGAAAGUGUAGCGGGUGAUCUGCUGCCCCUAUGGAAUAAAGAGACACCUACUAGUUUCUCAUAGCGUGGAGCAGCUAGUCUGCACGUUGUCUAAGUAUUUUAUGAAAUAAAGAGAGAGGUGUUUCAAAGCUUGCAUGUUAGUUGUCUACUUCAUCAGUUGUUUCUCUCUGCGUGUAGCGGGUAGUCUACAUGUUAUGCAAUGUAAUAUCGUAUGGAAUAAAGAGAAACUUAUGUUUGAAGGUUUGGA